AUGCUCUUGUCCAACAUCACUCAGUUUAGUCCCAUGUUCUACCUCAUCUGCUUUCCUGGAUUGUAAGCCAUUGAACACUGGAUUUUCAUCCCGUUUUUCCUUAUGUACUUGGUGGCCAUCCCAGGAAAUUCUUUCAUUCUGAUCAUUAUUAAGAUCAACCCUAAUCUGCACAUACCCAUGUACUAUUUGCUAUCCUUUCUGGCUGUCAUAGAUUGACUGUCAGUAUUCACCUUGCCUACUAGUGUGGGAAUCUUUUGGUUUAACUCCCAUGGUAUCUACUUUGAAGCCUGUCAAAUCCAGAUGUUCUGCAUCCACUCAUGUUUUGUCAUGGAGUCCUCAGUGCUCCUUGUCAUGUCCAUUGACUGCUUUGUGUCCAUCUGUCACCCCCUGAAGUACUCGGUCAUUAUCACUGGCCAGUGAGUGGUCAGAGCAGGCCUGGUUGUCAUCCUCAAGAGACCUGCAGCCCUUGCUCCUAUUAUCUUACUUUUGAAGGCUUUUCCCUAUUGUGGACCUUAAGCCCUCUCUCAUUCUUUCUGCUUACAUCAGGGGGCCAUAUGCUUGGCCUCUAUAGACAACACUUUCAACACUGGGCUGACACUGAUGGUGUUCACUGUGAUGCUGGACCUAGUACUCACUGCACUGUCCUGUGGAGUCAUCCUAAACUCAGGGACAAGACUCCCUAGAAGAGUGGCAUUGAGCCUUGCAAACAUGACCUCAUACCUCUGGCUGGUCUUCUUUGUGCCCGUGGUGUGGCUGUCCCUGGUGCACUGCAUUGGGAAGCAUGCCCCAUCUUCUGUCCACCUUUUUAUGGCCAACAUCUACCUCUUUGUGCCUCCCAUGCUUAACCCACUCGUAUACAGUAUUAAGGCCAAGGAGAUACACCAGGCCAAACAAUUCCUGGGUCUCAGAAAGGCCAGUGAAGCUAAAGAGGAUUUCUUUUUGGUAGCAUCUAUCAAAGGGGUUUCCCAUCAUUUCCCUAAUUCUGCUGUGUUUCGAGUGCUUUGGGCCCUCCCACCCCGCUUACCCGCACUGCCACUAGUUGAAAUUGCAGUGACCAGAAAGUGCUUCCUGAGAGUUGUUAUUCACAGUGCUGGGUCGUAA